CCUUUCCCCCCCUCCCCUCAUCCCAACCCCGCCGGCGGCGGCUGCACAAAGAGCAGCGGUGCAGGCCCCGGGUUGCCUUUAAAGGUAGCGGCUGGAAAUUUAAGGUGUCCCAGAGCCAUGUCUGUCCGCAGCGCUGCUCGCCGCGCUCCCUGGAUAAAUGGUUGUUGCGGUUCUUCGGGAAGGUCUCGGGAGGUUGGGUUCCUCUUGGUUGCUUUGGGGUUUGUUUCGGACUGAUCAGCAAAGAAACUGAUCCUGUUGCUCUGGGGUGGGAAAGGCCAGCAGUCUGUGCAGGAGAACCAUGUCUGUUCGGGAGUCAUUUAACCCAGAAAGUUAUGAACUGGACAAGAGCUUCCGUCUGACCCGAUUCACUGAACUGAAAGGCACAGGCUGCAAAGUGCCACAGGAUGUCUUACAGAAACUGCUUGAAUCUCUACAGGAAAACCAUUUUCAGGAAGAUGAACAGUUCCUGGGGGCUGUUAUGCCCAGGCUGGGAAUUGGGAUGGACACUUGUGUUAUUCCAUUAAGACAUGGAGGUUUGUCGUUGGUCCAAACGACAGAUUAUAUUUAUCCUAUUGUGGAUGAUCCUUAUAUGAUGGGACGGAUAGCAUGUGCCAAUGUCCUAAGUGACCUUUAUGCCAUGGGGGUCACAGAAUGUGACAACAUGUUGAUGCUCCUUGGAAUCAGCAAUAAAAUGACAGAUAGGGAAAGAGACAAAGUGAUGCCUCUAAUUAUCCAGGGUUUCAAAGAUGCAGCAGAAGAGGCAGGAACAUCUGUUACUGGUGGCCAAACUGUGUUGAAUCCCUGGAUUGUUUUAGGAGGAGUGGCCACAACAGUCUGUCAGCCUAAUGAAUUUAUAAUGCCAGACAAUGCAGUGCCAGGAGAUGUGCUUGUAUUAACUAAACCCUUGGGAACACAAGUGGCUGUAGCUGUCCACCAGUGGCUAGAUAUUCCAGAGAAGUGGAAUAAAAUCAAACUAGUGGUAACGCAAGAAGAUGUAGAACUGGCAUACCAGGAAGCAAUGAUGAACAUGGCACGACUGAACAGAACAGCUGCUGGGCUCAUGCACACUUUCAAUGCACAUGCAGCUACAGACAUCACAGGAUUUGGAAUCCUGGGGCAUGCACAAAACCUUGCCAAGCAGCAGCGAAACGAGGUGUCCUUUGUUAUCCACAACCUUCCUGUCCUUGCUAAGAUGGCUGCUGUCAGUAAGGCUUGUGGAAAUAUGUUUGGCCUCAUGCACGGGACUUGUCCAGAGACAUCAGGAGGCCUCCUCAUCUGUUUGCCACGAGAGCAGGCAGCACGUUUCUGUGCUGAGAUCAAGUCUCCAAAAUACGGCGAGGGUCACCAAGCGUGGAUUAUCGGCAUCGUAGAGAAGGGCAACCGCACAGCCAGAAUUAUAGACAAGCCACGAAUCAUUGAAGUUGCACCACAGGUGGCUACUCAGAAUGUGAACCCCACGCCUGGUGCCACCUCUUAAUAGAGAUGAAAUAGCUGUUUGUUUUUAAAUAGAUCUAUUCCUUUAUCAUCCUGCGAUUUAAAGAACUGUAAAAAAAAAAAAAAAAGAAAAGAAAACUUGUGUCUGCACAUCUGGUGGCCUUAGGUCAGUUUGUGAGUGGAUACAAUUAAUGAAAUAAAAUCCAUUGCCUUUUUUUCCUGUUACAUUAACUGAAGAUGCACCUAAUCUUGAGGCAGCUUCUGAGUUGAGAAUUAUAUUGUUAUCCAAUACUGUUGAUUCAUUUUGAAUCUUUAGACACUUAUCUCUUGCCGCAUAGGCUCUUUUUAAAGGUGCUUUCACAUAGCACAGACAUUACCAGUAGUAGUGUCAAAUAGCAGUUUGUGUCCUUUCAUUAUAUGUAUAUUUAUCAUGUCUAAUUUGGAUGCCUUGAGUGAUAUUCCAGAAAGGCAAUAAAUUGAUAAGCGACACAGUGGGUAUACCCAGUAGUAAGAGGGUUGCAUGAUUACAUUCAAUCUUUGAUUUUUUUUUAUUUUAUUUUAUUUUAUUUUUUGUUUUGUUUUAAUUUUUUUGUAAGCUUUAGUCUUACCAAGAGCAUCUACGACCCUGGACAUUGCUUGGUAGAGCACUCUGUUGGUACAAGCAAGUGCUGACUUUGCAUGGGAAGCGCUUCAGAGUCGGAGGAGUCAUUUUUAAUUUCAUUAUUUGUAGACCUGACAAUAUUUACUGUAUUAUCAAUGAUUGUUUUCUUUAUUGAUAGCAAGGAAAAAUAAUUCUUUUUUUGCAAUGUGAUUGGAUGUGCUAUAGUGCAACAAAGGUUUUGCAGACCAAAAGGAGGUUACUGUAUAAUAUUCAUUUACAAUUCACUAUAUAAAUAACUACACAAAUAAUUUUUAAAUAUAAUCCAACUAAAAUAAACCUCUGUUCUGUGGAUGGUAGUGUUUAAUACAUUUUAUAUUUUGUAUAGUGAUUACAAGCCUUUUUUGUUUCUUUAAAAUCAGCAACUGUUUAGUAUAAUUCUUAGUAUUAUUUUAUUCUUUGCUCAAAUACAUUUUUGUGCACGCUUUUGUGAUCUGUGUUUAAAAAUCUACAUUGCCAACAUUGCAGCUUGAACUGAAGCUUGUUAUUCAAAAUAAAUAUUUAAUUUUUUUUA